GUUCCGCCCGCCCGGCCUCCUUCGGAGUUAAGGCUGUUACGGUAGCUAUCUGACAAAGUGGCUAGCUAAGUAAUUAAGAGAAUUUCCAUUUUUCUUCGAGUAUGCAUUUAUUAGGCAAAUAUUUUAGAUGUUUACCGUAUUUGCCUUAGUACAACAGCAGAUGAACAAUAUGGCCAUUGAACAUCUUGGAAUCAGAUGUUUCUAACUAUCGAGGUGUACCUUAAACGUGAAAAUAGCACUGAUAAUCCGUGAAUGUACUGCAUGUCAUGGGCAACUGCCUAGCUCAGAGCUAGUUCGAAUUUGUUGCGAAUAAGGGCACCUGUAACAGUUACUUUAUCUUACCAUGAAUUUUUCGACUGCAAAGAAUGAAAUUAUACGUUUGCUUUCUCGAGUAGAUGUUUGUGAACUUCCAAAACUGAUUAAAUGGAUGAGGAAUUCAGAAGAGUUGGAUGAUUUUUUCGUUGACAAUGAGAAGGUUUUACUCCAGAGCAUUGCAGAAGACCUCAGGACUUGUUUGCCAUUGGAUGCUAUGUUACCCUCAGAAUCCCUGGCCAUAGGGAAGACCCAGCAGAACCCCAAGCCCACUGUGCAUGUGGAUGCUUUCCUGUACGACGACGAGACCGUAGAUUCUCUUUGUGAGGAAGGCAAGAUGAGCCGGGACUACUGCCUGCAGUGUGGGUCACACAGCACUGCUCCUCUUGGGUUUAUUUCUCACUCUUUCUCUGCUUUGGAGCUCCGCUUCCUGUUCCAGCAUGUUCUCCCAGACCUCACAGGAAGAGUGCUGGUGGACGUGGGCUCCCGGCUGGGGGCGGUACUCUAUGCGGGUCACCUGUACAGCUCAGCAGCUCAGCUUGUGGGGGUGGAGAUUAGUGCUGAAUUCAUCCAGCUUCAGAAGAUGGUUGUGGAGAAGUACGGCUUCACUGACCGAAUCCAGGUCACACAUGCAGACAUCCGCACCCAAGCCUCCCUCCUUCAGAACGCUGAUGUUGUUGUUAUGAACAAUGUGUUUGAGUAUUUCCUGGAAUCCAAAGACCAAAUCGGGUCAUGGCACUGCAUCAGCCAGAAUGUGAGGAAGAAAGGUGCAUUACUGGUCACUGUGCCCAGUGUACAGGAGGCUAUUGCUGCAUUACCAGGCAACAACGGGGUGAUAGACAUCCACGAAUGGCUGGAGGAGGUGCCCGUAAACUACGAUGUCUACCUGGGAAGGGACACAGACACCGACUUGUUUAAACAGAUCCAUCUCUACAGAGUACUGUAGCUUUGGAAACACAGGAAAUGAACCGUGCACUGGACAUCCACUGGCCUGGGGUAGAAAGCAAGAACAGAGUUUCUAGGGCAAGAAUAAGAUGAUGAACAAUCAUGGCGGAAAGCACAUGGCAGCAUUUCACUUAAGGGUGUUAGGUGAGGUGUUUUUGCACAGCAGUGUCUUGAGGAACUGAAGAAUCGUAGAAGAGGUUAUCAGCCAUGUUGAAACUGGAAAUCUUUGACUCCUCUGGGUGCUUCUUGACUCAUCAUCUCGGGGUUCAUGUCCUACUUGGUUUUGUCAGUCCUGACAGCAGCACCAUACACAAAGUGAUGUCUUGGUCAUACUAUAUGCUUCUUCCAUGAAAUUAAUGUUUAGAUGAACUCCAAAUGCUCAGCCACUUUUCUUUGUGCCAACACACAAGAAGAUGUGCGUUCAUGAAUGAGAAGCACGGCUUUCUGAAAAUAUAUUCUUUCCAUUAAGUCAAUAUGUACUUGAAACCAAGGUGUACAAUUCAGGUAUAUGUAGCAAGCAGUCAUCCGAGAUGAUGACUUGGCGCAACUGAUGAAAUGUUCACCUUGGCUUUGAUUUUCCAAACACUGUUCCCUUUUUCCAUAGGGCUUGUGGUGAAUUUGAAGCACGGUGUGGGCAUGUUUGUUAAAUCCUGGCAUAGCUGACUUUUACGUUGUCAGGAACAGCCCCAAGUUAGCUUGCGUCUGGAAACUCAUAAGUCAUAAAGCAUCGCCUAAAGGCCCUUUAAAAGACAUUCAAGCUGCAUAGUUAGUGGUUGGUUUUACUGUGCUGCCUGCCUUACUCAGAUGUGUGCAUGGAUUGCCAAACCUUUGAGAAAUGGCUCCCAUGAUUCACCCUGUGACUCUCAAAAGUGUCUUCACCAAGCGUGUGUAAUCUUAGUGUUAAACAAAGUCAAGCUGGUAACAGUGUCUGCAUAUUUAAUCUUACCGUCAGUGUGGCUACUAGCAUGACAGGUUGAAGUGGACCUUGGGUUAUGUUAUGAUCUGCUUAAGGAGCCAGUGAUUACUGCCUUCUGU